AUGCCGAAUGACGAACGACAAUUUUUAACCCUAAUAUUUGAAAUUCUUUUUUUUUUGUCUUUUUUUCAAUUUCUUUCUUUGUUCUUUCUUUCUUUUCUUCUUUUUUCUUUUUUUCUUUUUUCCUUUCUCCUUUGUCUUCUUUUUUUUUUCUUUUGUCUUUUUUCUUUUUUUUUCUUUUUUUUCUUUCCUUUGUCUUUUUUUUCCUUUUUUUCUUUUUUCUUUUUCUUUCCUUUUUUUGUUACUUUUUUUUCUUUUCCCUUUUUUUUUUGUCUUUUUCUCCUUUUUCUUUUCUUUUGCCUUUUCUUUGUCUUUUUUUUUCUUUUCCUUUCUUUUCUUUUUUCUUUUUCUUUUUUUUGUUUCUUUUUCUCCUUUGCUUUCUUUCUUUUCUUUCUCCUUUGUCUUUUUUCUUUCCUUUCUUCUUUGUCUUUUUUUUUUUUUUUUCUUCUUUGUCUUUUUUUUUCUCCUUUGUCUUUUCUUUUUUCUUUUCUUUCCCUUUGCUUUUUUUCUUUUCUUUCUUUUUGUCUUUUUUCUUUUCUUUUCCUUUGCCUUCUUUCUUUUUUCUUUGUUGUUUUUCUUUCUUUUUGCUUUUCUUUCUCCUUUUUUGUUUUUCUUUUUUCUUUCUUUCUUUUCCUUGUUUUCUUUUUUUCUUUUCUUUCCUUGUCUUUUUUUCUUUCUUCCUUUUUUCUUUUUUCCUUUCUUCUUUUCUUUUUUUUUCUUUUCUCCUUUGUUCUUUUUUUUUUUUUUUCCUUGUCUUUUUUCUUCCUUUCUUCUUUGUCUUUUUCUUUCCUUUCUCCUUUGCUUUUUUUUCUUCUUCCUUUUCUUCUUUGUCUUUUUUUCUUUUCUUUCCUUUUUUCUUUCUUUUCUUUGUUUUUUUCUUUUUUUUUUUCUUUCUUUGUCUUUGUCUUUUUUUUUUUUUUUUCCUUUCUUUUUGACUUUUUUCUUUUCUUUUCUUUUGUCUUUUUCUUUCCUUUCUCCUUUGUUUUUUUUUCUUUCCUUUCUUCUUUGUCUUUUUUUUUUCUUUCUCUUUUCUUUCUUUCCUUUUUGUCUUUUUUUUUUCUUUUUUUUUCUCCUUUUGCUUUCUUUUCCUUUGUCUUUUCUUCUUUUUCUUUCUUUCUUUCUUUUCUUUUUUUGACUUUUUUUUUUUCUUUUCCUUUUCUUUCUUUUGUUCUUUUUUUCUUUCUUUUUUUUCUUUCUUUUUCCUUUGCCUUUUUUUUCUUUCCUUUCUUUUCCUUGUUUUUUUUUUUCUUUUCUCCUUUGUCUUUUUUCUUUCCUUUUUCUUUAUCUUUUUUUUUUUUCUUUUCCUUUUCUUUUUUUUUUUCUUUCUCCUUUGCCUCUUUUUCUUUUCUUUCUUUUGUCUUUUUUUUUUUUUUCUUCCUUUGCCUUCUUUCUUCUUUCUUUCUUCUUUGUCUUUUUUUUUUUCUUUCUUUUUUUCUUUGCUUUCUUUGUUUUUUUUCCCUUCUUUUGUCUUUUUUUUUCCUUUCUUUUUUCUUUUUUUUUCUUUUCUUUGUUUGUUUCUUUUUCUUUUUGUCUUUGCCUUUUUUUCUUUUCUUUCUCCUUUGUCUUCUUUCUUUCCUUUCUUCUUUGUCUUUUUUCUUUUCUUUCUCCUUUGCCUUCUUUCUUUUCUUUCUCCUUUGUCUUCUUUCUUUUCUUUCUCCUUUGCCUUUUUUCUUUCCUUUCUUCUUUGUCUUUUCUUUUCUUUCUCCUUUGCCUUCUUUCUUUCCUUUCUUCUUUGUCUUUUUUCUUUUCUUUCUCCUUUGCCUUCUUUUUUCUUUUCUUUGUCUUUUUUCUUUCCUUUCUCCUUUGCCUUCUUUUUUUCUUUUUUUUCUUUCCUUUCUUUGUGUUUUUUUUUUCUUUCUCCUUUGCCUUCUUUCUUUCUUUUCUCCUUUAUCUUUUUUCUUUCCUUUCUUCUUUGCCUUUUUUCUUUCCUUUCUCCUUUGCCUUCUUUCUUUUCUUUCUCCUUUGUCUUCUUUCUUUCUUUUCUCCUUUGCCUUCUUUCUUUCUUUCCUUUCUUCUUUGUCUUCUUUCUUUUCUUUCUCCUUUGUCUUCUUUCUUUUCUUUCUCCUUUGCUUUCUUUCUUUUCUUUCUCCUUUGCUUCCUUAA